AUGCCUUUCAGCAGCAUCUACACUGAUCGCGUUGGCAGGGAGACUGGUGUCAUCGCCAGCCGUGAAGGCUUGCGCUUCCUCAACAAAGUGCUCGUUCAAGAUUCAUCCAACCAACAAUCGUCGAUUGUACAGUCGAUCAGUGAAUUUGCACAGUCCUUCGUGGCGUCGGCCUCCCUCGUGUCGUUCAGCCCCCAGACUUCCCAAAAUCCAUCCUCGGUCCCUCAAAGCUCACUUACAUACACACCUUCCGCGCCUCCCAGUCGCUUGAGACGAUCACUCUCACGCUUCAAGCGGUGGACAAGUCGAUCCGACGCCUCAUCCGCCACCGCACGUGGUAGUGUCACUGUGACUAACGGCCAGUCGACUUCGCCGCCAUCCUCCCACGCGCUUUGCUCCACCGAUCCUACUUCUACCGAUACGAUUCGGCGAUACAGUGAGAACGUGAAGCGUAUGGUGGAAAGGACUGCCAGUAGCAUGUGUAGCAGUAUACACACCAGACAAUCCAAGUCCGGCUACAAUACCACUUCACUCGGAGACAUCAAGGAAGAGGGCUCCGAAGAGGACCAAGACACCACCAACUGCGGCCAAGGCCCCAGUCAAACUUGCGGAACAGGUAUUAUCCUGCCCUCUCUGACUGGCCAGUCACCUCCGCCGUCGGAUGGAGGUUUCACUUACACGGGGGCGGCGUCUGGCUCCAACAGCACAGCCGCUGAAAGCCACUCCACCGUGCGCCAGCCGGAAGGAGUUCAGAGUCUAUAUGCCAAGGCGGGCGGCUAUGUGACGGAGGGGCUGCAGACUGUGAUGAGCGCUGGUGGUAUGAGCUAUCCGGAGAUCUCUGCCGGCGUCUCCUCAUACGCCCAAUCGAGCUUAGCGGCGGCUACGAGCUUCUCCAACUCGGGCUUCCAGGCGGCUUCGGGCUUUAUGUCGUCUCUGUGGGGCGAGCAACCCAAAAAUACAAGUGAGGUUGUCAGCGGUGACGCUACGGCGCGGAAGAAUGACCAGACGUUCACAGCCGGAGGCGAUUUCUUGUAG